GACAGGUCGCACCGCCUUUUCACUACCCAUAUAUCGAACGUCCUGAUGCCCACCAAGUUGCCGCGUAUUCAUACCACAGGCUGGAUAGGCCUAGGCGCUAUGGGUCAUCCCAUGGCUUUGAAUCUUUUUCUAAAAACACAUCAGUUCUAUCAAAAAGUUAGUCCUUCCGUAACGCCAACCUUCCUGUUCUGCGAGCAUGAGGACUCCAGAGCAGAGUCUUUUAUACGUGAAUUAAGGAACCGCGGUGGUCAAGAUCUAGCGAGCCGAGCUGAGCGAGUGGGGACUGGAAAAGAGAUGGUAAUGGGUGCAUCGAAGGUGUUUACGAUGCUACCUUCAACACCCCAGGUUCAAGCGGUUUAUCUCGACCAGGACAAUGGCAUACUGGCCGGCCUGGCCAAGUUGCCAAUGGAUACUCCUCCUUUGUCGGAAACCCUCCUGUUAUCAGACACUUCACUACUAUCAAACACGGUUACUCAAGAGGAGGGAGUUAAAAAGGAAUCGCCAUCAAUGAUCGAUGCAUCCACUCCUGCUACCCAGCCCAUCCACGUCCACACAAUGCUUGUUGACCAAACAACCCUCGACCCGACAGUCUCCCUCUCCAUUUCGUCUCUCAUUCAUGAUUCGACCUCUAGGGCAGCCUUGAUGAUUGACGCACCCGUAUCAGGCGGCACAGUGGCGGCUGAAAGGGGUGAAUUGACGAUUAUGUUCGGAUCCCCUGCUCCUAUAGCCACCCGUCUGGCAAUGCCACUUCUUCAAAUGAUGGCAAGGGAGGGGGGUGUAAUUGAGUGUGGAGGAAGCGGUACUGGCGUCGGCGUCAAGGUUUGCAACAACCUUGUAUUAGCUUCGAAUCAAAUAGCGCUAUCGGAGGGUCUUGCCUUGGGACGUUCACUCAACAUCGACAUUGCUCUUCUUCAAAGCGUGAUCAACACUUCCUCAGGUUCCUCUUGGUCAUCCCGUGUUAAUCCCCCUAUCUCUUCGAUUCCGGGGACCCCAGCUUCUCGCGGAUAUUCCGGUGGCUUCCAAACUCGUUUGAUGCUUAAAGAUGUGAACCUGGCCCUACAGGCGGCCAAUAAACAUAACCUUGCCACACCAUUGACUUCGGCGUCGAAAAGCAUAUACGAGGCCAUUUGUUCAGAUGGGGAUGGGGAUUGGGCCAGCAAAGAUUUCUCUGUUGCGUAUGAGUGGGUACAAAAGAAGCAACAAGAAGCUAUGGACAUGGCCUGGAAAGAUGGGUUACCUUGAGCUGAUAGGCAAAGGGAAAUUUUUUUCGAAAUUCAUCCAUGCUUUAUCCCCUC